CUCUUCCACUCGUGAGCUGGUACUCGUGGUCUGACUCAAUUCAGCAUCGUCAUCACUCCAUCAUCAAGCUGAUUUGCGAUUUUGCAUGCACGGCAUUUUGUCAUUUUCAUCUAAACAAGACCACUUCAAUAUUUUGUGAUAAUGUCAGAUGACGACUGGGACGAGGGUAGUGCAGCUCCAGUGUUCAGCCCUGUCAGCAAUGGCUUUGGCUCCAAGUCUAGUGGAUUUGGUGGCGAUGGAGGUUUUGGUGGCAGCGGUGGUGGCUUUGGCCAAAAAAGUGGAGGCUUUGGUGGUGGUGGCGGUGGCGGCGGUUUUGGCAGUCGCAAUGGUGGAGGAGGAGGUGGUGGACGAAACUGCUUCAAAUGUGGUGAAGAGGGACAUAUGAGCCGAGAAUGCCCAAAAGGAGGAGGAGGAGGUGGUGGUGGUAGUGGUGGAGGUGACAGAAGUUGCUUCAAGUGUGGGGAAGAAGGUCACAUGAGCCGAGAAUGUCCAAAAGGUGGCGGAGGUGGUCGAAAUUGUUUCAAAUGUGGUGAAGAAGGGCAUAUGAGCCGCGAGUGCCCAAAGGGUGGAGGUGGAGGUGGACGUGGAUGUUUCAAGUGUGGGGAAGAUGGACAUAUGAGUAGAGAGUGCCCCCAAGGAGGUGGUGGUGGUGGUAGAGGGCGUGGGUGCUUUAAGUGUGGUGAAGAAGGCCAUAUGAGCAGAGACUGUACAAGUGGCGGAUUGGGCAAAUCAAGUGGUGGAUUCGGAAGUCGCAACAGUGAUAAUAAACCCAGCGGCGGGUUUGGCCGACCAAGUGGAGGUUUUGGAACAGCUAAUGGUGAUGACAGUGAUAAACCAAGAGGAUUUGGGAAACGUUCCGGUGGGUUUGGCACUUCUAAUAAUGACGACGAUGAAAUGCCUCGGAUUGGAGGUGGAUUCGAUGACAAGAAAUCAGGCAAGUAA